CUCGGUUGUCAAACAUGGCUGAAGUGCCGCCGCUGCCGCUACUGCUGCUGCAGGGAAAAUGCUGAGCCCUCCCGGACCGGGUGGGCGGCGGCGGCGAAGUCGGCAACGGGCACCCGCUUCCCCGGCGCGGCGGCGGCGGCCAUGGCCCGGCUGGCCGACUACUUCAUCGUAGUAGGCUACGACCACGAGAAGCCAGGGUCAGGAGCAGGUCUGGGGAAAAUAAUCCAGAGGUUUCCACAGAAGGACUGGGAUGACACACCUUUUCCUCAGGGAGUUGAACUGUUUUGUCAGCCUGGAGGGUGGCAGCUGUCCAGAGAGAGGAAGCAGCCAACGUUUUUUGUGAUGGUCCUGACAGAUAUUGACUCAGAUCGACAUUACUGCUCAUGCCUAACCUUUUAUGAGGCAGAGAUCAAUCUUCAGGGAACAAAGAAAGAUGAGAGUGAAGGUGAAGUGGAAGUGUCUGGUUUAAUUCAGCCUGCAGAAGUGUUUGCUCCCAAAAGCCUGGUGUUGGUAUCCAGAUUAGAUUAUCCAGAAAUUUUUAGGGCUUGCCUAGGUUUGAUCUAUACUGUAUAUGUGGACACUCUGAAUGUCUCCUUGGAAAGUCUCAUUGCAAACCUGUGUGCGUGUCUUGUCCCAGCGGCUGGAGGGUCUCAGAAGCUGUUUUCCUUGGGUGCAGGAGAUAGACAGCUGAUCCAGACUCCCUUGCAUGAUAGUCUUCCUGUCACAGGCACUAGUGCGGCUCUCCUGUUCCAGCAAUUGGGAAUUCAGAAUGUCCUCAGCCUCUUCUGUGCAGUCCUCACAGAAAAUAAGGUUCUCUUCCAUUCUGCAAGUUUCCAGAGACUUAGUGAUGCUUGUAGAGCCCUGGAAUCAUUAAUGUUUCCUCUUAAAUAUAGUUAUCCUUAUAUUCCUAUUCUCCCGGCUCAGCUACUGGAAGUUCUGAGUUCCCCAACACCUUUCAUUAUUGGAGUACAUUCUGUCUUUAAAACUGAUGUUCAUGAGCUUUUAGAUGUAAUCAUAGCUGAUUUGGAUGGAGGCACUAUUAAAAUUCCUGAAUGUAUUCAUCUCUCUUCCCUUCCGGAACCACUUCUACAUCAGACUCAAGCUGCUCUUUCUUUGAUUCUACACCCAGAUUUGGAAGUAGCAGAUCAUGCUUUUCCCCCUCCACGAACAGCUUUAUCCCACUCAAAAAUGCUGGAUAAAGAAGUGCGUGCAGUUUUUCUUAGAUUAUUUGCACAGCUUUUCCAAGGAUAUAGAUCAUGCUUACAACUCAUAAGAAUUCAUGCAGAACCAGUAAUACAUUUUCACAAGACAGCUUUCUUGGGACAGCGUGGUUUGGUUGAGAAUGAUUUCCUCACAAAAGUUCUCAAUGGAAUGGCAUUUGCAGGUUUUGUUUCAGAAAGAGGUCCUCCCUAUAGAUCCUGUGAUCUUUUUGAUGAGUUGGUAGCUUUUGAAGUAGAGCGAAUUAAAGUUGAAGAAAAUAACCCAGUGAAGAUGAUAAAGCAUGUCAGAGAACUUGCUGAGCAACUAUUCAAAAAUGAAAAUCCAAACCCUCAUAUGGCGUUUCAGAAAGUUCCACGUCCAACAGAAGGAUCCCACUUGCGAGUUCAUAUUCUUCCUUUCCCAAAGAUUAAUGAAACUCGGGUACAGGAAUUAAUACAGGAAAAUCUUGCCAAGAACCAGAAUGCACCUCCUGCUUCAAGAGUGGAAAAGAAAUGUGUUGUGCCCGCAGGUCCACCUGUUGUUUCAAUAAUGGAUAAGGUGACAACAGUUUUCAACAGUGCACAGAGAUUGGAAGUUGUUAGAAACUGCAUCUCAUUCAUAUUUGAAAAUAAAACACUGGAGACUGAAAAGACCCUUCCUGCUGCACUGAGAGCCCUUAAAGGAAAGGCAGCAAGACAGUGUCUCACUGAUGAGCUGGGUUUACACGUUCAGCAAAACCGGGCAAUAUUAGACCAUCAACAGUUCGACUACAUAAUAAGGAUGAUGAACUGUACUCUACAGGAUUGUUCAAGUUUAGAAGAAUAUAACAUUGCCGCAGCAUUACUCCCUUUGACCAGUGCUUUCUAUAGGAAACUGGCCCCUGGAGUCAGCCAGUUUGCUUACACCUGUGUACAGGACCACCCCAUUUGGACGAAUCAGCAAUUUUGGGAGACAACCUUUUACAAUGCGGUGCAGGAACAGGUUCGAUCCCUGUAUCUCUCAGCCAAGGAAGACAAUCAUGCCCCACAUCUGAAGCAAAAGGGUAAACUGCCUGAUGACCAAUAUCAGGAGAAGACAGCAAUGGACCUGGCAGCCGAGCAGCUACGCCUUUGGCCUACUCUGAGCAAAUCAGCUCAGCAGGAGCUGGUGCAACGUGAGGAAAGCACUGUCUUCAGUCAGGCCAUUCACUUUGCAAACCUCAUGGUCAAUCUGCUAGUUCCACUAGAUACAAGUAAAAACAAGCUCCUAAGAACGUCAGCACCAGGAGACUGGGAAAGUGGGAGCAACAGCAUUGUUACAAACAGUAUUGCAGGAAGUGUAGCUGAGAGCUAUGAUACAGAAAGUGGGUUUGAAGAUUCAGAGAAUAAUGACAUUGCCAAUUCUGUUGUGCGUUUCAUUACCCGAUUUAUUGACAAAGUUUGCACAGAGAGUGGAGUUACUCAGGAUCACAUCAAGAGCCUGCAUUGCAUGAUACCAGGGAUUGUAGCUAUGCACGUUGAAACCCUAGAAGCAGUGCAUCGAGAGAGUAGAAGACUUCCACCUAUACAGAAGCCCAAGAUUCUUAGACCUGCUCUACUGCCAGGAGAAGAAAUUGUUUGUGAAGGUCUUCGAGUCCUGCUGGAUCCUGAUGGAAGAGAAGAAGCCACUGGAGGCCUUCUUGGAGGCCCUCAGCUCCUGCCAGCAGAAGGAGCCUUGUUCCUCACCACAUAUAGAAUUCUGUUCAGAGGGACUCCCCAUGAUCAGCUAGUUGGUGAGCAGACAGUUGUGCGAAGUUUUCCCAUUGCCUCCAUCACCAAGGAGAAGAAGAUCGCAAUGCAAAACCAGCUACAACAGAACAUGCAAGAAGGACUGCAGAUCACAUCAGCAUCUUUUCAGUUGAUUAAAGUAGCAUUUGAUGAAGAAGUGAGUCCAGAAGUAGUAGAGAUCUUUAAGAAACAGCUGAUGAAGUUUCGUUAUCCUCAGUCCAUUUUUACCACCUUUGCUUUUGCUGCUGGACAGACUACCCCACAAAUAAUUUUACCCAAGCAGAAGGAAAAGAAUACUUCCUUUCGCACCUUCUCAAAAACAAUUGUGAAAGGUGCCAAAAGGGCAGGGAAAAUGACAAUUGGGCGACAGUAUUUAUUGAAGAGGAGGACAGGGACAAUUGUGGAAGAGAGAGUGAACCGUCCUGGAUGGAAUGAAGAGGAUGACAUAUCUGUUUCAGAUGAUAGUGAACUCCCCACAAGUACCACCCUGAAGGCUUCAGAGAAAUCUACAAUGGAACAGUUAGUGGAAAAAGCUUGUUUCAGAGACUAUCAGCGUUUAGGUUUGGGAACCAUAAGUAGCAGCUCUUCGCGCUCAAAACCAGAGUACUUUCGAAUCACUGCCUCCAACAGGAUGUAUUCACUUUGCCGGAGCUAUCCUGGCCUUUUAGUUGUACCUCAAGCUGUACAGGACAGUAGUUUACCAAGAGUAGCCCGCUGCUAUCGACACAAUCGCCUGCCUGUUGUAUGUUGGAAGAACUCAAGAAGCAGUACCCUGCUUCUGCGAUCUGGAGGAUUCCAUGGGAAGGGAGUAGUUGGCCUUUUUAAAUCUCAGAACUCCCCUCAGGCAGCUCCUACCUCCUCUUUAGAAUCUUCCAGUAGCAUAGAACAAGAAAAGUACUUGCAAGCGUUACUGAGUGCAGUUUCUGUCCAUCAGAAACUCAGUGGCAAUAACACCCUUACUGUCAGGCCAGCACUUGCUCUGUCUCCAGGUGUUUGGGCAAGUCUUCGCUCUAGCACUCGCCUGAUCAGCUCUCCAACAUCCUUCAUUGAUGUUGGCGCCCGGCUGGCAGGCAAGGAUCACUCGACGUCCUUCAGUAACAGCACUUACCUGCAAAACCAGCUCUUGAAACGCCAAGCAGCCCUUUAUAUAUUUGGUGAGAAGUCGCAGCUAAGGAACUUCAAGUUAGAAUUUGCUUUAAAUUGUGAGUUUGUUCCUGUUGAAUUUCAUGACAUCCGACAAGUGAAAGCCAGUUUUAAAAAACUGAUGAGAGCUUGUGUCCCAAGCACCAUCCCUACUGACUCAGAAGUGACCUUCCUGAGAGCCCUGGGAGACUCUGAGUGGUUCCCACAGCUUCACAGGAUAUUGCAGCUCGCUGUGGUUGUAUCAGAAGUACUUGAGAAUGGUUCCUCAGUUUUGGUGUGUUUGGAAGAAGGCUGGGACAUCACUGCACAAGUGACCUCCCUGGUUCAGUUACUCAGUGACCCCUUUUAUAGGACACUUGAAGGCUUCCGGAUGCUGGUCGAAAAAGAGUGGCUCUCUUUUGGUCAUAAAUUCAGUCAGCGGAGCAGCUUGACCCUCAGCUGUCAGGGCAGUGGUUUCACUCCAGUCUUCCUACAGUUCUUAGAUUGUGUACACCAGGUUCACAACCAGUAUCCAACUGAGUUUGAAUUCAAUCCCUAUUACUUAAAGUUCUUGGCUUUCCACUAUGUGUCUAAUCGCUUUAAAACAUUUCUCCUGGAUUCAGACUAUGAAAGAUUAGAGCACGGAACUUUAUUUGAUGAUAAAGGAGACAAGCGUGCCAAAAGAGGAAUUUGUAUUUGGGAGUGUAUCGAUAGAAUGCACAAGAGGAGUCCCAUUUUCUUUAAUUAUUUAUAUUCACCAGUGGAAACAGAGGCCCUGAAGCCCAAUGUAAACGUUUCCAGCCUCAAGAAGUGGGAUUACUAUGUAGAGGAGACCCUUUCCACAGGGCCUUCAUAUGACUGGACAAUGCUGACCCCUAAGCAGUUCCCCUCCGAAGACUCCGAACUGGCCAGAGGAGCUGGGCCCCAGAGCCAGAGGAGAACAGUGUGGCCAUGCUAUGAUGAUGUCAGCUGUGCUCAGCCCGAUGCUCUCACCAGCCUUGUCAGUGAAAUUGAAAGACUGGAGCAUAAAUUGAACCAAACAGCUGAGAAGUGGCAGCAGCUAUGGGAACGGGUAACUGUGGACCUUAAAGAAGAGCCCAGAGCAGACCGUCCCCAGAGACACCCUUUGGGCUCCCCAGGAAUUGUGUCUACCAACCUCCCUUCCUAUCAGAAGAGGUCUCUGCUGCAUCUCCCAGACAGCAGCAUGGGGGAGGAACAGAACGCCAGCAUCUCCCCAUCCAACGGAGUGGACCGGAGAGCAGCCACGCUGUACAGCCAGUACACGUCCAAGAAUGAUGAAAACAGGUCCUUUGAGGGAACGCUCUACAAAAGAGGGGCUUUGCUGAAAGGUUGGAAGCCCCGCUGGUUCGUUUUGGAUGUAACAAAACAUCAGCUGCGAUACUACGACUCGGGUGAGGACACAAGCUGUAAAGGCCACAUUGAUCUGGCUGAGGUAGAAAUGGUCAUCCCUGCUGGCCCCAGCAUGGGAGCCCCAAAGCACACGAGUGACAAGGCUUUCUUUGAUCUCAAGACCAGCAAACGUGUGUAUAACUUCUGUGCCCAGGAUGGACAGAGUGCCCAGCAGUGGAUGGACAGGAUCCAGAGCUGUAUAUCUGACGCCUGAUGCCCAUGGUCAACCCAAACAGAAGAGGGAGGAGGGGCUUGUGCUGCCAGAUAGGAAAAAAGUGUGUGAGUCCUUGAGGAGCUGACAGCUUCCUGCUGGUUCUGAUCAGUCAUCCCAGGGCCUAAGGUUCUCCUACCCAGACUUACCCAUUCCCCUCUUUUAGCAGUUGCUAAGUCUGCUUAGCCUGAGUAGAUGUGUUACACAGGUCUGGUCAAGAGCCCUAGGCCCUCCCUGUAUCUUGCACUAGGUUGUUCUAACAGGGUCUUCAUGGUUAGGGAUCAGAAGAAUGCUUCCUGAGCCGACCGUCAUCCAUCCCCUAGGCAAAGUGGCUACCACCUACCUGGGUCCUUCUUCAUGAAAGAUAGAUAGAUCCUUUUUGUUCUCCAAGGUCCUAAUAUCCUUGGAGAGCUUUCUGACAAGCAAAAAUCAAAAUCCUCCAAGACUAUCUUCCAUUCUGCAUAGAAUAGGUUUCCCAUCAAAGGCUCCUGUUCUUACUGCCUGACCUUAGAGAUGCUCAGUUCUCUGGUGCUGUCAAAGGUGCUUCCGUGAUACCUGCUCGACCACUGGGGUUCACAGCAAGACCAUCAGUGCUCAGUGGCAGGCAAAGGGGGGCACACAAGAUUAUCCUGAUGGGAAAAGAUUGUCCAGAGAAUGAUGCAGUAAUCACCAGGCCAAUGCAGGAAAAUACUGCUUCCAAAACACUGAAUUUUCUAGGCCAAAGGUGCCCUGAGGAUGCAGGACUUUGUGUUCCCAUGUAUUCUUCUGCUCCCUGACGGCUUCUUACACAAAAUAACAUGCAAAAAGCUGAAUGCACUAACUCACAAAACAGACACUUGCACUGAACUAAUAAAGUGGAGAUGUUUGAGAGACAGAAGCCAGCUGUUUAUGACCACACGACCCCUAUGACAAGGGCUGUGUAAACCAAGGUCGCAUUGUGGUGUGACUGGAUACCCAAACGGCACCUCUGCACAUGAACAGUAGGGACUUGUUUGGUCUUUAGGUAUUCUUUACUUUUGAUAGCCUGUGUUUGUUCAGCUUAAGACACCAGGAAUGCUGUUUCUCACGGCGCACAGAAACAGCUUUUCUGCAACAGCCGCUGCGGUUGGCUGGAGUCGUAGGUAGCUAGAUCAUUACAUUUGUUUUGAAAUGUUAAUAUGUUAAAUACCAAACUAAUAUUUCAAAAAUAUGUAUAUAUGAGUUCUUAUAUCCUUGUUUUUCAGAUAGUCUGCUUAUAAUUUAAUAUAAAAUUAACUGAUUCAUUCAUAAAAUUUCAGUAGUGAAAUGGUUCCCUUUUUAAAAAGCCGCUUUGUAGAUUAAAAAUAAAUCAGAUUUUCAAAUUUAAAGUUAUCUACACACUAGAAAAUAGAACUGUGUUAAUAUAUAAGAAAUUGGGGGAUGAUAAGAAUGAAGGAUUUUUCUAUCAUUUUCAUUUUAUAAAUUGCCACCUGUGAAAAUGGUUUUUGCACAUUAUUUGUAUUUUUCUUUGUAUAUGAAAUAAUUUUUUGUACUCUGUAAAAUAUGGAGCCCGUUGUACCCUCAGCUAUUUGAGACUUUACACAGUGCUUCUUUUGUAACUGGAUUCUUGUAACUUUCAUGAAGGCGCUACAUGCCUUGCAUUCACUAACCACCUUGAAUUAAAUUUAUUUCUUAAGAAGAAUCAUCCCUCAUUUACUGAAAUAAAGUCCACUGUGCAUUGCUUAGCACUCAGAAGGCAACAUUUAUGAUUCAUACGUGGGGCUAAAAGUUCAAGGGUAAAAUGCAGCAUAACCCAUUUCUUGCCUUGGUUCUCUUAAUGUCGUCAUGCCCUUUGCUCAGGAAGUAACCAGAGACGCUGGACAGGCUGGCCUGAGCUUCUGGGUUCUGGAUGCACUGCUGCAGAGUUUAGGUAAGAGACCUGAGGCCGCCACUCCCACCCAGAGCCUCCAGUGAGCUGUGUGAAACUGGUUAAGUCCUUUACCUCUUCCCGGUCGCAGUUUCACCACCUGUGGCAUACGGC